CGUACGUAAUGACGUACAUUAGUCAAACGCAAAAGAAAAGGAGCACGGGGAAAUGGUCCAUGAACCCUUUAGUCGACGCUGAAUUCCUCUAAUAAGUCGAGUCAUUUUGUUUAUAAAUUUGUGUAUAAAUUACAAACCGUGUUUAAUUUAACCGCCAAAUAUGGUGGUCAUUUUCGAGUCAGCUCGGCUCGGAAAAGCGACUGACGAAGAAUACCUGUACGCCAGUUAGCUCGCGCUAGCUUCAGGAUGGGCAACUGAGAGCGGACACGGGCACCGUUUAAAUGUACCGUAAGUGAAACGCGAGAGCCCAGCGAAGUGGAAAGAGACAUUUCCCCGGUGCCUUUAGCUACCUCUGGACUACGUCGACCAUGAAAAACUGCGAGUAUCAGCAGAUCGACCCGCGGGCGCUGUCGGUGUCGCCGCUGUCGGCGCAGAGCCACACCGAGAAGAAGGACCAGCGGCCGCGGAGGAAGUGGGAAGUGUUCCCGGGGAAAAACCGAUUCUUCUGCGAUGGACGUCUUAUUCUAGCUCGACAGAGCGGCGUCCUUCCUUUGACACUAGGCCUUAUUGUUGUCACUUGUGGCCUUUUCUUUGCAUUCGAUUGCCCCUUCUUGGUGAAGCAUCUGACCGUCUUCAUACCUGUGAUAGGAGCAGCCCUGUUUGUGUUUGUAGUCAUUUCUCUGCUGAGGACGAGCUUCACUGACCCCGGGAUUCUGCCCAGAGCUACCCCAGAUGAAGCUGCAGACAUAGAGAGGCAGAUAGAUACCUCAGGCUCCUCAACAUAUCGCCCCCCUCCACGUACCAAGGAGAUCCUCAUCAACCAGCAGGUGGUAAAAUUAAAGUACUGCUUCACUUGUAAGAUGUUCCGGCCUCCUCGGACCUCCCAUUGCAGUCUGUGUGACAACUGUGUUGAGCGAUUUGAUCACCACUGCCCGUGGGUGGGGAACUGUGUGGGGAAACGCAACUACCGCUUUUUCUACAGUUUUAUCAUCUCUCUGUCUUUUCUGACCUCUUUCAUAUUUGGCUGUGUCAUCGCACACAUCACCCUGCGUUCUCAAGCCGGUAAAAGCCUUGUUCAAGCCAUUCAGGAAAGUCCUGCUAGUGUAGUGGAGUUGGUGAUUUGUUUCUUCUCCAUCUGGUCUAUUCUGGGCCUCUCAGGCUUCCAUACUUACUUAGUAGCCUCAAAUCUUACCACAAAUGAAGACAUUAAAGGUUCCUGGUCUGGUAAAAGAGGCUCAGAGGAGUCUGGGAAUCCAUACAGUUACAACAACAUUAUCACCAACUGCUGUGUCACGCUGUGCGGCCCCGUGCCCCCAAGUCUGAUUGACAGAAGAGGCUUCGUUCCUCCUGACGAGGUGAUACCUGCUGCGUCUUCUGCCUCCGAGAUGGAACUGCCUCACUUUUCAGCCAAGAAUGACGUCAACAUGUGCACUCAAAGCACCAAGGACGUUCUGGAGAGGAUGGUCAACUCUGGAUCCCAGACAUUGUGCUCUCCAGGAACCCCAAAGACCACCCCACUGGUCCAGGAGCUUCCUGGCACCGCGGCGCCGUCCCCUGAGCCUCCCCCCUCCGCCGGCUGCCCGGGACUGCUCGACUCCCGCUGCCCGUUCUUCAGCAGAAGCAGCGAGAAGGACUCGCUGCACUCCAUCAACCCCGCUUUCCGCCUGGCUUCUCCCUCGCCGUCGCUAACUCGCACCGCCGUGACUCUGAACGGCGCCGCUGACGUCGGCUUCAUGCCGCUGCACCCGGGGAGCGCGAGGGACGAGGCGCCAUGAGCAUCGUGCCUUUGCCUUCAUCACCCGGCAAUGGUUUUUUAACCCAAACUCUACCACGUACUGAACGUUAGUUUGUCAACAUGAUUGCAGGGAGUUUGUCCCUCACGUGUGUCUUAGUGAACAUAGGAAGCACAAUAUAUUUUUGUUUUUGAAGACACAGAUCAUGCCUCCACUCUUAUCACCAAACCUCAGUGUUUAAGCUCCUGAUAACACUUUAUGCAAACAUUGAAAUCUGGGAAAACUUGUCAUUAGACUGUGAAUGCAGCAGCACAGAACAACUGCUUAGUUCAAUGGGCAUGCUCUGGAACAGUAGCCAUCAUAGGAUUACCAAGUGAAUUAGCUUUUUUUGUAUCGUCUCAUCAUCGUCUGGGCAGAUUUGCUUUGGAAAUAAGUCGGUUAUCUUUGUGAUUUGUGUCAUUUUAGAAAAGUAACAAAAGAUUUAGUAUGGAGUUAACGGAAAGCUUUUCAGAGGUGGUGUUUAAUUCUUCUGUGCAACAUCCAAAUUAUUUUUUGUUCAGUGAUGCAUUAUUUACUUUGAAAAUGUUCUGGAAUUCUGUGUUAGCUUUUUUAUUUAUUCUCUUUCUUGUACAGCACAGGCUUCUCCUGCCAGAUGGGUGUUAUGUCUGCUGUAAUGGAUUAGUUUGGCCUCUAGGGGGCAGGAUGUGAAUAUCAAUAUUUAAGGUGGAAUGCCUUUUGUGUGUUAUUUAUUUUUGGAACAGUUGAAACUGUACAUAGUUUGUUGCAGCAGGACGUGUCGGUUGUGUCAUACAUCAGACGGACAAACUCGUUUAUAUUUUGCUGUGUAACUAUGGAACAUAAAAUAAAUACUUUUUUUAAAUAAAC